ACUUGACGCAAGUGACCGCCAGAGGCCCAGAGGUGUUGCUUAAUAAUAUGUCUGCCCCCAUGAAUACUCACCGGUAAAUCACCGCCAGUAAAUGCGAUGCUCCGAAUGUGCCAUUGGUGCUCCACGUUACUAUCUACAGGUUGUCCACAGUGAACUUUGUUGAUGUUCUGACAAAUCAGCAACAUGGAGCAGUUUCUCAACACUGCAGACCAGAAACCCGAUCACGUCAAACGAACGAGUCUCAUCGGCAAGCUCGCUCUGCUUGCUUCUGGAGCAGGUGCAUUUGGCAUCUGCGCUGUUGCACUCCCAUUCAUAUCGCCGGCUUUUAGAAGAAUAUGCUUGCCUUACGUGCCUGCCACGGACACACAAAUCAGGAACAUUGCGUCCGUGCUACGGAAACGCCAGACGAAGGUCAACAUUGUGGACUUGGGAAGCGGGGACGGCAGGGUCGUUUUCGAGGCAGCGAAACUUGGUUUCUCCUCGGCUGUGGGUGUCGAACUAAAUCCCUGGCUCGUCGUAUAUUCCAGGGUUCGGUCGUUGUUGCACAAAAGGAACGCUCAAUUUAUACGCUCAGAUUUAUGGAGGUUUUCUUUGAGUCCCUUUAGUAACGUAGUGAUAUUCGGCGUGGAAGAAAUGAUGUCCGACCUUGAGAAAAAGUUUUGUGCAGAACUUCGCCCCGGAAGCUGGGUAGUUGCCUGCCGUUUCCCAGUGCCCGGCCUGAAGCCGAUUUUAACCGAGGGGACUGGUAUCGAUACGGUCUGGGUGUACGAGAUGCAGUGAAGUGAGCAUCUAAUGUAGUAUUAAAUCGUGAUAUGUGCGUC